UGGACCUCUCUGGACGUGCUCUGCGUGACGGCCAGCAUCGAGACCCUGUGCGUCAUCGCCAUCGACCGCUACCUGGCCAUCACCUCGCCUUUCCGCUACCAGAGCCUCAUGACCAAGGGUCGGGCCAAGGGCAUCAUCUGCACCGUCUGGGCCAUCUCUGCCCUGGUCUCCUUCUUGCCCAUCAUGAUGCACUGGUGGCGGGAUGACGACCCCCAGGCGCUGGAGUGCUACCAGGAUCCGGGCUGCUGCGACUUCGUCACCAACAGGGCUUACGCCAUCGCCUCGUCCAUAAUUUCUUUCUACAUCCCCCUUCUCAUCAUGAUCUUUGUGUACCUGCGGGUGUACAGGGAGGCCAAGGAGCAGAUGAGGAAGAUCGAUAGGUGCGAGGGCCGGUUCUACGGCAGCCAGGAGCAGCCGCAGACGCCCCUGCCCGCUCACCCUCACCACCAGCCCAUCCUCGGCAACGGCCGGGCCAGCAAGCGAAAGACCUCCCGCAUCAUGGCCAUGAAGGAGCAGAAAGCCCUCAAGACUUUGGGCAUCAUCAUGGGGGUGUUCACCCUCUGCUGGCUCCCCUUCUUCCUGGUGAACAUCGUCAACGUCUUCAACAGGGACCUGGUGCCGGACUGGCUCUUCGUUUUCUUCAACUGGCUGGGCUACGCCAACUCCGCGUUCAACCCCAUCAUCUACUGCCGCAGCCCCGACUUUCGGAAGGCCUUCAAGAGGCUGCUGUGCUGCCGCCGGAAAGCCGACCGGUGGCUGCACGGCGGCGGCGGGGAGCUGGCCCGGCUGCCCGGGGGCUUCAUCAGCACCGUGGGCUCCCCGGAGCGCAGCCUGGCCGGGACCUGGUCCGACUGCAACGGGGGCACUCGGGGCGGCAGCGAGUCCAGCCUGGAGGAGAGACAUAGCAAAGCCUCCGACUCGGAGUCCAAGGAGAAAUCGAUCUGCUUUUCCUCUGAGAAGUUUGUGUGCCUGCCCAUCCAGCAGGAGCAGCUGCCCAUGGUAACAGCAGGUGAUUUAUCCCUGCAAUUCAGUAACUUCAGCCUGCCAAACUCUGCUGGGAAAAGUGACCAAGAUGGGAAAAGUAAAAAAGGUGAUAAUGGUGAGCAAACACAGGAUUGGCAAUGCAAAAAGGAAAACUGGGGUAUCUUUGGCCAUUGUGGGUGUUGCCUUUUAUUGGUAAAGUGUAAUUGGUUUGGACAGGGAUGCACCAGGCAGAGGCACUGUGGAAACACAGGUUAAGAAGUGCGUGAGGUCAGACAUUCCAUGGGGACCAUGCCACCAAAGACUGGCAGCUGAAAUAUGCCCAAAAACAUUCCUAGAAGUUUUUCUUGUUCUUUGUGGAUAACAGCAGAGACUAAAGCACACCAGAGCAGCUUUCAGCUGAUGCAAAGCCACGCAGCUCCCUGGCCAGCCAUGGGCACAUGGGACCCCUCAGCAUCUCCUCCUCCCCUCCAAGUGGCUCCAGCUGAGUUUUGUUGGACCUGGAGCCGUCCCCCAUCCUGGAGCCUCCCUCCUGUUCCGUGGUGCCAAGCAGGAGGUGCCCCAUGGCCUCGGGGGUGGCAGUGCUGUGGGCAGGUGCUGUGGGGUGCAGGGUGUGCCCGUGCUGUCCCGGGCAUGCUGGCACUGGCUGCCAGCCAUGCCCUGCCCUGACUCAUCCUCUGUUCUCCCAACCAGCCACAGAACUGGGCCUGCUGUGCUGGAAAUGGAGCAGAGUUGGGUUUGUUAUGUAAACUGGUGAUCAGCUUCCUGGUUUACCAAAACCAGCAGCUUGGUACUCACAUUUGCUUCAUAAAAUAACUUUAUUUCUUCCGUGCCCCACUCAGCUUCCAGGUUUUUAAUGGUAAUGUUUGCCUGCUUGGCCUUAGCACCUAUCAGCACAAUUUUUUUUUGUCUGUGCCCUGGCAGCUGUUUGAAUCCAGAUGUGAACUGUAGCAGGUGCUGGGCAGUGUCUAGGUUUGGUUUUACUCAUUCCUUUCAUGAUCGAUGCUCAGAGUUAUUAAUGCUGGCUGCACCAGAGUGCAAAAUUCCCAGACAAAUAGGAAAUGAGUCCUGACCUCCAGGUUCACAACCUAAAGAAGAAAACAGAAGCUUACCAUUUGCAGACUUUUGCUAUUGGCAUGAUUAGCAGAGCAUCUCAGAUGUAAUGGUGUACCCUUCCCAUCUGAUCCUGUGUAAUGCACCAAAUCCUCUUGUCCUUAAUGAGAUUAAAUGAGGAUUUUUUUACUAGUUCAGUGCCUUAGCCAUUAGCAACUGUUGUGUGUCUCUAGACAGUGAUGUACCUUUGCAAGCCUGGCCCAGUGGCUCUCUCUAAGCCAUGAUAUUUGGCUUCUUCCUACUAAAAUUACUUUGAUAAUUGCUCUUAAGCUCAUUGGCACAAUGCUUUGAAAGGCAGAUCUAAGUGUAUACACCAAAGAAGCAAACAAAGAGGCUAAAGGCCUCAAAAUCUCAGCAGCUGCUAGGUGUAUAAGUAUUUCAGCUACCAACAAGGCAUUUUGCAGGGCCAGGUGAGUGCUGCAGCCCCCUUAAAACCUGCAAGAUGCCCUCCCUCAGAGGGGGACCCUGCCACUGCAAGGAGCAAUUGCAGGUGCAGCACAGUAGCUCAUCACAAAACAUUCUUCCAGUGGUAAAAUUUGAACAGUGCUUUGCUGCCAAAAUUUAGAUACCUCUUAUUAAGAAGAAGGAAUUGAGAAAAGCAGUUCCUAGUGGGGAAGGGAGAACAGUGCUCAGGGUUAAAGUUUCCAUGUGCAGAUGGAGAGCCCUGCUGUGACUGGUCCAGCAAAGGUUACAAACACCCUGGUGAUGGACAAAUGCCAUCCACCACAGCCUCCCUAGGGACACCCUCUGUGCCCCCAUCACCUUGUGUGUGCCCCUCUCACCUGCCUGGGUGUCAGCAGGGACCUCUCAGAAUCUCUGCUGCUCACAGGGACUCUCAGAUAUGUACAAGUCUCUUUUCCCAACCCGGAGGUCAAAGAAGGAGUCAGGAUUCUUCUGUUCUUGUUCUCAAGGUUGCUUAUUAUUUCUUACCUAUAAAAUUCUUUCUCUGAUCUGCCGAGGUCUGUCCAGCAGGUUGGACAAAGGCACUGACCACCCUCAGGGCUGUGUUACCUUUUUAUACUAAAAACUAUAUAUAACUGUAUAUUAUUUACUGUAACUUCCCAGUACCUAUCACCUAUGUUAGACAGCGAGUUUCUACCUUAAACCAAUUCAAAAGUGCCAGCAUCACCCAGCAC